AUGCCAAUGAAUCGUCUGAAGAUAAGAAAGGAAACAAGAAUGUUGGGGGCCAUACAAAUGAUGACUGGUCUGAUUUGUAACUGCCUGGGAAUGAUCUGGACAUAUUUGUUAAUCACACAAAUUACUGCGUUCGGGAAAACUUACAUUCCUGUUGCAGCACUGGUAGGAUACCCAUACUGGUCAUCUGGAGUUUUUUUGUUCUCAGGAUUCUUUACAAUACUGUUCGAGAGGACACGUUCAAGGCUUCUGGUGUCCUGUACUAUAGCACUGAACAUCUUAAGUGCCUGCUUGGCAGUAAUGGGUGUGCUUUUACUAGUAUCUGAGUUUUUUCUAUUCUAUGUAAAUUCAAGUACUGUUAUUUGGCCACACAAAAGUGGUAGACUCCUUUCAUGGUAUUUGUUCCUGUUCACCAUUUUGGAGUUGAUUGUCUCAUGUACCGUGACCCAUUGGUUAUACAGAGCAAAAUACACAGGACAAUAA